CAAACACAACGCAAGGCAGCUGCCAUUAAUACACUAAUUACAACCUUAAUCUUUAAAUCGCCGCGUUUGUUUAAAAAAGAAAUUUUAAUAUACUAGUUCUGUUUUUUUUUUUUUCAAGUAUUGUAGGUUUUAAAAAUUCAAUCUUUGAAUUCAGUUUGGUGUGGUCUGUAGUUUUUGGUAUUGUUAUCGAGGAGCUAUCAUUGAAAUCUCUCACUUUUCGUAAAUUUGAAGGCUCCCCAAUUUAAAUUUUUUAUUUUUUAUUUUGGAAAUUUGUUUGGUGGAACAAAGUUUCGGUUUUUAGAACCAUUUUUUUGAAGCUAUAAAUAACGCUAUUCGAUCCCAGGUCUUUGUGUGUGUUCAGUAAGAGAUCAAUCUCGCAAAUUUUGAAUCAGGUUUUUGAGUUUAAGUCGCGAGAUCUGAGCAAUGGCAGCAAAUUCAUCAAAUGGGGAACAACAAACACCCUCAAAGCCACCACCUUUGCCAUCUCCAUUGCGUUUUUCCAAGUUUUUCCAGUCCAACAUGAGGAUUUUGGUUACUGGAGGAGCUGGUUUUAUCGGCUCCCACUUAGUUGACAAAUUGAUGGAAAACGAGAAAAAUGAGGUGAUUGUUGUUGAUAACUACUUCACUGGAUCCAAGGACAAUCUUAGAAAAUGGAUCGGUCAUCCUAGAUUUGAGCUUAUUCGUCAUGAUGUUACUGAGCCAUUGUUGGUCGAGGUCGAUCAGAUUUACCACCUUGCAUGUCCAGCUUCUCCAAUUUUCUACAAACACAACCCUGUGAAGACAAUAAAGACAAAUGUCAUUGGCACACUGAACAUGCUGGGACUUGCAAAGCGAGUUGGAGCAAGGAUCUUGCUCACAUCAACUUCGGAAGUGUAUGGAGAUCCUCUUAUCCAUCCACAGCCCGAAACAUAUUGGGGCAAUGUGAACCCAAUCGGGGUUCGGAGUUGCUAUGAUGAAGGGAAGCGUGUGGCUGAGACCCUAAUGUUUGAUUACCAUAGGCAGCAUGGGAUAGAGAUCCGCAUUGCUAGAAUCUUCAACACAUAUGGGCCACGGAUGAACAUCGAUGAUGGGCGUGUUGUUAGCAAUUUCAUAGCUCAAGCACUGCGUGGUGAACCACUGACAGUUCAAAAACCUGGUACACAAACUCGCAGUUUUUGUUUUGUCUCUGACAUGGUUGAUGGCCUUAUUCGACUCAUGGAGGGGGAGAACACUGGUCCAAUCAAUAUCGGGAAUCCAGGUGAAUUUACCAUGCUUGAGCUUGCCGAGACAGUAAAGGAGCUUAUUAAUCCGAAGGUGGAGAUAAAGAUGGUGGAGAACACUCCAGACGAUCCACGGCAAAGAAAACCUGACAUCACAAAAGCGAAAGAAUUGCUAGGUUGGGAGCCGAAAAUGAAGUUGCGAGACGGUCUUCCUCUGAUGGAGGAGGAUUUUAGGUUGAGGCUCGGAGUCUCCAAAGAGAAAUGAAUUUUUUUUAUUAAAAAAAAAAGUACUUUAAUGAAAUUAUAUAGAAGGUGAAAUUUUGGAUUGAGCGAUUUCAGUGUUUGUGGUGGGAAACUGGGAGCUUAUGUUGUGUGAUUUAAUAUAGUUAAUGCUAUCUCCUUUGCCUUGUUUUGUUCUUUAUGAUGCCAUAGAAAAUAAACCAAUGUAUCCCACAAAAUGUGAAGAGUUUGUGAAACUAUUUUAAUUUUGGCAGGGCUUAUAAAUGGUGUUUGUUGCCUUGAA